CUCCAUCACGUACAACAGCUUAAAAUUUCUCCCAGUUUAAACUUCUUUCUACCCAUCUCCAUUAGAAAAGAGCUAAGAAGCUCUCAACCUCCAACUUUAAACCUAUCCAUUCCAAUCUAGAAAUUAACUGUUCAAUCUAUCAUGGGUCCUCAAUUGCCCGAUAGCGUUGACUUCCUAUCUAGAAAAUGUAUGUGGGUAAAUGGGCCCAUCAUCGUCGGUGCAGGCCCCUCAGGCCUCGCGGUAGCUGCCUCUCUAAAAGAGCGUGGCGUCCCAUAUGUUAUCCUUGAGCGUUCUGAUUGCAUUGCAUCCCUCUGGCAGAAGAGAACCUACGACCGCCUCAAGCUUCACCUCCCCAAACAAUUCUGUCAACUCCCAGGGCUCCUUUUCCCUGAUUCCUACCCAGAGUACCCUUGCAAGAAACAAUUCGUAGAUUAUUUGGAGUCCUAUGCCAAACAUUUCGAUAUCAGCCCAAAAUUCAAUCAAUCAGUUCAGUCAGCAAAAUAUAACGAAACAAGUGGUCUAUGGCAUGUCAGGGCCAUAGAAACGCAACACGAAGAAGUAGAGUACAUCGGUAAAUGGCUAGUUGUGGCUACAGGUGAGAACACCGAGAGAGUGGUCCCCGAUAUGGACGGAUUGGUGUCAUUUGGAAGCGAAGUUACCCAUGCUUCCGACUACAAAUCUGGUGAAGCUUACCGAGGAAAAAAGGUCUUGGUGGUCGGAUGUGGCAAUUCCGGCAUGGAGGUCUGUCUCGACCUCUGUGAUCAUGAUGCAUUCCCUUCCAUGGUGGUUCGUGACUCUGUUCAUGUGUUGCCAAGAGAAGUCUACGGGAAAUCGACAUUUGAGUUGUCCGUUUUCCUAAUGAAAUGGCUGCCAUUGUGGUUGGUUGACAAGAUAAUGCUUGUUGUCGCUUGGUUUGUGCUCGGAAGCUUAGAGAGGUAUGGGCUGAAGAGACCAUCAGUCGGCCCUUUGGAGCUUAAGACCACACAUGGCAGGACCCCUGUUUUGGAUUAUGGAGCUCUGAGCAAGAUAAAGUCUGGUGAAAUUGAGGUGGUACCUGGCGUCAAGAGAUUUAUGCUUGGAAGAGUUGAGUUUGUCGAUGGCCGAGUUCUUGAAUUUGAUGCUGUUGUCAUGGCCACAGGGUACCGCAGCAAUGUUCCAUAUUGGCUGCAGGGAACCGAUUUCUUCUCCAAAGACGGGAUGCCGAAGGCACAGUUCCCAAACGCAUGGAAAGGGAAGUCUGGGCUUUAUACUGCUGGCUUCACAAGAAGAGGUUUGGCUGGUGCUUCCUCUGAUGCAGUGAAGGUGGCAAAGGAUCUGAGCAAAGCAUGGAAAGAGGAAACGCAGCAGGCCAAGAAGCUAGUCUCCUGUCACAGGAGAUGCAUCUCGCAAAUCUACUAAUCAACUCUGAAGUUGAUUUUCUUUUUUAUGUGUCAUAGUACGAGUAUUUGGUUUAAGUGAGACUAGUGUAGCUAGAGUCAGAAAAGGAUGAGAACAGAGCCCUCUCUCAGGAGCCCAGAAUUUUUGGAAAAUGGGCGUUAUGUACCUACAGUUGAG